AACACAAGGAACGUCAUUAGAUAUUAUGCGAUAGAUAUUAUAUAUUUAUUAGUACAACUAGUAAUUAUACGAAUAAUCACGUUAUCAAAUAAUAAAUGAAAAUAAUCUGCAAUGUUUGAUUUAUUUUUUGAAACUGGUUUACACCAGGGUAAAUGAGUUAUAAUAUUAUGAGAUCGGGUACGUACAUUACUUGGCAAAAUAUCUUUCAACCAUUUAGUUUUCUUAUCUUUUCCAAAAUAAAACUUAGACCUUGAUAAAUCACUGCCAACAUCUAGGUCAUCUUCGGUUUCUGAAAUGUCGUGUUCACUGCAGUCACUUGAUUCUUUUUCAACAUUUUCCUCAACAUAAUCAUCCACUUCAUCGUCACUCAUACCACCCACCUGAUCAUUAUCUGAUGACGAAUCAUUUACAUCAUCUAAUAAGCUCAAAAUUCUGUUUUGUUCACGUUCAUCCAUAGUAAAGUGUAAAAAAAACACUAACGCAACGAAGUCAUUCUGUUCAUCAUUUAUUAAGCCACAUAAAUUAUAAACUAAGUUUAAAAGUGUCGUGGGAUAAAUAAGAGUAAUUUUAAACCGUAAACAUUUAUAAAUUAUUUUAUUUAGGGAAAAAGCAUGGUCUUAGAUUUACAAAAUAGGUAUUAUUCUGGCACGGUUUUAGAAAUCUAGAAUAAAUACAUUUUUGAUUAUACUACUAUCUGUGGUGUGUUCCAUGUUACCAUAUUUCGGAGUAAAUGCAAGACGAUAGUUUUCAAUAAAUAAUUGUAAACAAAUAUUACACCGUUGAAAUCGCGUCAGUUAUCGAGAGUCUGUACAGAAACUCAAUAACUGAUGGUCUCUACAUAAAAUAAGCUUUAAUGAAAGUACGUAUCUAGGUACGCUUAAAAUCUCUGGAGUAGUAACAAUAUUUUGACAUUCGAUGUUCAUAUUGUGGUUGGCUGUUAUCCGUAAUUCAAUUUUACCUGCUAGCAGGGGUUGGUUUGCAAGUGGUUGGAGAUGGAACGGGCCUACCAGCCCCAACCAGUCAAGGUCGUGACUGGCUCUAAGUUGGAACCUCACUAGUAUUUGGCUCGUGGGCCCCCUACCAAGACUAGGUGGGUUCCGUCAGGAGGGACCUAUCCCUAACGUUUCCUAACCAAACCUAACCUCCAUAAUUUUAAUGAUAGACAUCUCCAUGAUCUCUUCUCGAAAAAUCGACAGUGGUGUUCGUUUUAUUCAAGUUCUACUAGAUUGAUCAAUAGAAGCUCCAUAUUUCCUUUCGUCUAUUUAUAUUCGUGUUCACAUCUAUACCCUACAAAAUAUUAUACAUCCUUUCUUAUCUCUUCGCACCCAACUCUCAUGGAUGUGUCAAGUAUGCCAUCUAGUUAAUUAUGUAUCUAUUUAAUUCUCUAAUAUCUAUUCGUUGUAUCAAUUGUAAUACGUCAUAUUGAUCUAAUCGCCACAUUCUUAAAAAUAAACGUGCUGCUACAAAACUCUACACCCGAAAUAAUGAGAAACCGAGUAAGAAACAUUGAUAGUAAUUAUAUCUCAAUACACGCUAUUGAUGAAAACGAUUACAUUUUCACAAAUCAAAUAAAAUUAUACGCAACUCAUUCCAUCAUUCAAAAAUGGACGGAGAAGGUGAAAAAAGAUGAGGGAUACAAUAGCGAGUGCCCACAAGUUAUUUCCCCACCAUCGUUUGGCAGUAUAUAUGGAGAGGAAAAUCUAACAUUAAUCUCACUCUUAUCACCACCGUCACAAGAGAGUCUCGUUGAACAGAACCCCGUCGAAAACUUUCAGUAUUCUCUACCCACACAGGAGACCUUCGAUGAAAACGAUGGGCCAUUUGGAUCACAAUAUAUAAUAUGUAACUAAUUUUCUGUACUAUUUUGAUUUUUGUGUAAAAUAAAAAAAACAACCGUGAUAUUUAAAAUCAAGUUUUUUUUAUUUAUUAGUAAUAAGGUUUCAUUAUAUUAUAAGGUUAUUCUAGGUCGCCACGCCACUGCAUACAUACAUACAUACAUACAUACAUACAUACAUACAUAUAUCAACAUAUUAUAUAAUUACACACGAAAAAACGACUCGCUAAAGCAUACAUUGUACAUAAGAAUGUAUCUCAUACACACACACAUACAUAAACUUGUAAAAAAUUUUAUUUUCGCCACGCUACGCCACUGCAUACAUACAUACAUACAUACAUACACAUGCAUCAAAAUAUUAUAUAAUUACAUACGCAAAAAAACAACUCACUAAAGCAUACAUUGUACAUAAGAAUGUAUCUCAAGCAUACAUAUACACAUAGGUACAUAAACUUGUAAAAAAUUUUAUUUUCAAAAUAUACACGAUAAAAUAUAGAGAUAUUUGUCUCCAUUCACACAUUCCUCUACCUGGCGACAUACAGAACUAUAUAUAUAUGGUCAGCGGUUUACAGAUGUUGAUGAGUUUCGUUCAUCCCUUUCUCUAGCAUAUACACAUACACUCAUAUACCCAUAGGUUAGUCCAUACAUAUUUAGAUACUUCCAUAUUAUACACAAGUAGUAUAGGUACAUAUGUAUAAUAUUCUGAGCACCUUUUUACAGGGAAAUUUCAUCAGUUUAAGCGGACAUUUCUAUAUGCUUCAUUAUAACAAACACCUGAUUAACUGCACAAUGAACAGCCAUAGAAAAAAUAUUACUGUCACAACUUGAUUUUCUGUAACGAUAUUAGUGACCUUACUUAUUUUUUCAUCCGCCGAGCGUUUAGAAGUAGAGAAACUUGCAUCAAAAUAGCUAGUAAUUUUCCUUUUAUAGACAUAGUGAUAAAUUGAGAAAAUUUAAAAUAGACAAUAUAGUCAAAGUCAAUAUUUCAAAAGACACCGACCGUAUAAUUACAAGUAAUAGAACUACGCUGACCUACAGUAGAAAACACGAGUACGAAAGAGUAAAGACGAAUCACGGUGAUAACUAAAUAUUAUGAGUUAUGACAAAUAAUAAGCAAUCGACAUUUCAAGUUUUCAAACAACUAAUGACUUGGGGCUGUAGAUAUAAAACAAAAAAAUACGUAAUAUUGUAAAAUAUACCUACAAAUCGUACUAUCGCCCGUAUGGGCUUA